CCAACAACAAAGAUGUUCAAAUUCUUCGCUGUAGUAUUCGCCGCCGUAUUGGCUGUAGCUUUCGCAGAACCCGCACCAAAGCCAGGUGUAGUUGCCUACAAUUAUGGAACUCCAUUAGCUUACUCCAGUUACUCGUCUCCAUUAGCUUACACCGGCUACAGCGCUCCAUUGGCCUACUCGGCAGGUCCAUCUGUAGUUUCAGGUUAUGCAGCACCAUUGGCAUACUCCGCCUAUGCUGGACAUCCAACUGUUGUAGCUGUUGUUUUCGCCACCAUCCUAGCCCUAGCUUGCGCAGCCCCUAAGCCAGGCGCACUUCUAUACAACGCCCCAUUGGCCUACAGCGCUCCGUUAGCUUACAGCUCCCAGUACUCUUACAGCGCACCAGCUUACAGUGCGCCUGCAAUAGUUUCAAGCUACGCAGCUGCUCCUCUAGCUUACUCUGCUUACUCAGCACCUGCUUUGUACCUAUAAGAGGACACACGGCGAAAACGACUGGACAACACUUUUGGUCUAUUUUGAAUUUGAUGUAAAUCUUUUUAAUGAAUAAAUUAAUAUAGACUGAUUAUUUUAAUCAAUUUAUUUUAUACUACUGUAUAGUAAAACACACACACAGGUAUGAGUGAGAUGUUUCCUGAAACAAAUACUUUCCGGACGUGUUUCACUUUCAGACCUAGGUUUUUCAAACUUAUCUAUUGAGGUACCUACCUUUUCGUAUUCUUGGUUUUUUUUUUUUUCGCAAAGUACAUGGGGAUUUUCG